AUGGGUGUUCUACAAGUUCUAAAGAGAAAGUCCGGUGUCAUUGUCGGCGAAGAUGUCAAAGCUUUGUUCGACUACGCUACCGAGCACAAGUUCGCCAUCCCAGCCAUCAACGUCACCACUUCCUCCACCGUCAUCGCUGCCUUGGAGGCCGCCAGAGACAACAAGUCUCCUAUCAUCUUGCAGACCUCCAACGGUGGUGCUGCCUACUUCGCCGGUAAGGGUGUCUCCAACGACGGCCAAAAGGCCUCCAUCGAGGGUGCCAUCGCCGCUGCUCACUACAUCAGAGCCGUUGCCCCAUCCUACGGUAUCCCAGUCGUCCUUCACUCCGACCACUGUGCCAAGAAGCUAUUGCCAUGGUUCGACGGUAUGCUAGCGGCCGACGAAGCCUACUUCAAGCAACACGGUGAGCCUUUGUUCUCCUCUCACAUGUUGGAUCUUUCCGAAGAGUCUGACGACGAGAACAUCGCCACGUGUGUUAAGUAUUUCACCAGAAUGGCCAAGAUGCAACAAUGGCUAGAAAUGGAAAUCGGUAUCACCGGUGGUGAAGAAGACGGUGUCAACAACGAACACGUCUCUCGUGAAGACUUGUACACCAAGCCUCAAACCGUCUUCGCUGUCCACGAAGCUCUAGCUCCUAUCUCUCCAAACUUCUCGAUCGCCGCUGCCUUCGGAAACGUUCAUGGAGUUUACGCCCCGGGUAACGUCCAGUUGAGACCUGAGAUCUUGGGUGACUUCCAGAAGUACGCUGCUGAGAAGGUUAAGGCUCCAGCUGCCUCCAAGCCAUUGUACUUGGUCUUCCACGGUGGUUCCGGUUCUUCUCAGAAGGACUUCAACACCGCCAUCGAGAACGGUGCCGUCAAGGUCAACGUUGACACUGACUGUCAAUUCGCCUACUUGGAAGGUAUUAGAGACUACGUCUUGAAGAACAAGGACUACCUAAUGACCCCAGUCGGUAACCCAGAAGGCGCUGACAAGCCAAACAAGAAGAAGUACGACCCAAGAGUGUGGGUUAGAGAAGGUGAGAAGACCAUGUCCAAGAGAAUCACUGAAGCCUUGGAAGUUUUCCACACUGUCAACCAAUUGUAA